AUGACGAAACAAUGGGACAAGUACCGGGAGGUCAUCACUGCCGAAUACAAGGACCAAAACAAGCCGCUCCAUGAAGUCCAGCGUUUCAUGGCGCAGAAAUACGGCUUCAGGGCGUCCACCCGCGCGUAUAGGUCACGCUUCGACAGGUGGGGAAUCCACAAGUACUCGCGUCGCAGGGGCAUGGGCGACAUGAGUCUCAGCAGACGGCCAUCGAUAUCGGAAGGCGACAUGCGUCCCUCUCCACGACAAAGUCCAGAUAUGGAUGAGGGCAGCCCGCAGGCAGCCACUCCGGCCGUCGCAACGUCAGCCGGGUUGUUCCCUCCCGGAAUGUGCGUAGCGACAUCAGGAGCCGGUUUUCGGAGGUAUAGUUCGGUGCCAGUGCCGGCGACGGUUUGGUGA